AGAGGAAAUUAUUGAUUUGAUAAAUUUCAAAUUUACAGAUAUUCAAAAUUUUUUCUUUUUUUAUCCCUCCUAUAACAGGCGGAUAAACCAAUAUCAAACAAAAUACGUAAUUCCAACACAUCUGGACACAUCUAACACAUAUAACGACAAGAUGUAAGCAGUAUCAUAACAAGAAAUGUACUAUAGUCUACUGUGAAAUGUACGUACCAAUAUUAAAAUUUCAUAGAAAGAGAGACUACAGCUAAUGUUUCAUUACGCGACAAUCAAGAUUUUAUUCCAGAAAAUUGCAGGUAAAUAGAACAUUUUAUAACAGAGACGGAAAAAGCUAUCUCAUAAGAUUGCGACAAUAAUAGAUGAGUAAUGCUGUACUACGAGCAAUUCCUAGAGAAUCUAUUCUUCCGCAUACUUCCUUUUUUCUCUUUUUUUAUUCUCUCGAUGAGGAAUAACGAUAACUAUAUGCCAGUAAUAUACUUCUCUAUAACACAAUUGUUCAAUAAAGUAUGUAUUCUGAAUCAAUGUUUAAUUCAUGAAAAUAUUGUUUUGCGAGAAAAACGUUGUGUUACAUCGAUUCGGUAUUAUCAUAUUAAUGACGAUGAUGAACAAUCGAACAUCACCGUUUUAAAUUCGUGGAAGUAUAGACAUUCACCUGCCAUCGUUUGAAAAAAGAGUUUUAUGUAAAAACAUUCCUCUAUAUAAGGAUCGUGAGAGCAUUUAAGAUCGAUUUUACAAUAUGUGAUAGACAAUUCGAAUACAUACACAAAUCAUCUAAAGUGCAAAUUUACCACAAAUUUCUAGCAAUUGUGUAGGCAGUAGUGCGUUAGAAAAGCUCAAAUGAACGUAUUAAAAUUUACGCUCAUAAUAUGCGGAUUCGCUGGAUGUUGGCAGCCGCUUUCAUGGACGUCGCUGUCUAAAAAUAUAAUGUACAAAGCUUACGCAACGUUUCUGAUCUCCUCAUUAUAUAUAUUUUUAAUAUCGCAAUUUAUACAUGUCGCAUUGAAUGUCGGUAACUCUGACGAAUUCACCGAUGCUUUAUACAUGAUGUUGACUAUAUUAGUCGCAGGCUACAAACAAGUUUAUAUGUGGAUAGAUCGUAAAAAUUUCAUGAUAAUAAUCAAUGUUCUUACCGAAGAGCCUUUUGCACCAUGCGAAUCGCACGAGCUAAUGAUUCAAGAAAAAUUUGAAAAAAUAGCACAGACUAACACGUUGCGGUACUUGAUCCUCGUGUUGAUGUCGAUCUCAUCGAUAAUUUUAACGUCCGUCUUCACGGUGCUCACAAACCAUAAUUUGACGUAUAACACAUGGAUACCAUUCAAUUACUCACCGCCUGCUGUAUUUUUUCUUGUAUACACUCACCAGUUGAUAGCUAUGUCUACCUCUGGCAUAGUGAACGUCGCUUGCGACAGCUUACUCUGUGGAUUCUUGUUGUACAUCUGCUGUCAGCUUGAGAUAUUGAGAUAUCGACUGUCGAAAAUUAUACAUGGCCAAGACAUUUUGCACGAUUGUGUUUAUCACCACAAUCGUAUUUUUGAAUACGCUUACAUAGUAAACAAGAAGUUUGCAGUAAUAAUCACUAUCCAGUUUGCCGUGAGUAUGUUAGUAGUAUGCUCAAAUCUUUAUCGAAUAGCUAUGGCGGCGAAUUAUAUGAGCUACAUUCCAUUGGUAGUGUAUACAAGUGCCAUACUGAUGCAGAUUUUUAUCUAUUGCUGGUUUGGAAAUGAAGUUAAGUUAAAGAGUCUUCAUUUAAUGAAUAACAUUUACAAUAUGGAAUGGACAACACUUAACAGCAGCAGCAAAAAAGCUCUUUUAUUUAUAAUGAAACGCGCGAUGGUUCCCAUUGAAUUUCAUAGCUCAUAUAUAAUUACAAUGAAUCUUGACUCGUUUGUAGCUGUACUUAAGAUGUCAUAUUCAGUUUUCAAUUUGCUGCUUCAAACGCAAGAAUAAUAUAAUAUGAUUAAAAAAUAAAAAAUCAUCGAGUAAAAUAUUAUUGGAUAUAAUAUUGGAUAAUACACAAAAUAUUUUUGGAAACAUUCUUAAUUUCUUCUUACCAUAUUUCCUUUUGCCAUAUCUCUUCCUAUUAUAUGUAUUGCAAAUAGUUUUAGAUAAUUAAUUUUUUUAUUUUGAAUAUUUGUAUAGUUGAUUCAUUGAGUUUGAGCCUUAACUAAACGAAAAUAAUAAAUAAAUAAAAUAAAAAAAUAGCUUUUGCAUACAACUUAUACAUAAAUUUAAAAAUAUAUAAUUUAUAUAUAAUUAAUAAAAAAAUUUAAUAAUUAAAUGAAAAGUUUUUUUUCUCAAAUACAUUACAUUUACCUUACUUCUAUUUCGUUAUUUAUAUGAAAAUGCAGAAAAUAGAUUUUCUAAUAAAGCAUGUAUAUCAUACAAACUUUGCAUCUCUGGUCAUGAAAAUAUUAUUUCACGGGGACAUUGUUGCAAGCGCUCUGUUAUUACGUUAAUAUUAAAAUAAUAGCAAACGAGAAUAGAAAGGGGUGCAGUCAGGACUGUUGGAAAGCAAUGUUAUGAGAUUAAAUAUUCGGAAUAUCUCAGUAUCUUUUGCAAAAUUGUUCGCACAACACAUUUUAUAAUAAUAUUUUAAACAGAACUUUUUAUCAAGAAUAACGGAUCUAAAUUUGUUUUUUAAAGAUAUUCGAUCUUCAGUUAAACGCAAAUAUGAAUAAUGUAUAAAUAGGAAUAUAAAUUAAUUGGAAUUGAGAAAAUACAUACAUAUUACACACAGACAGUGUAAUCGAUAAUUAUUUUUAGGUACUUAAAAUGUCAUAUUCAGCUUUCAACUUAUUAAAUCCAACGUAAGAAUAGUAAAAAUAUAGUGAAAAUUGUAAUUAACAUUGUCAUAUUUGCUUUCUUACCAAAUCAUGUACAGCAUAUUAAAACUGAUAUAUUAUCUCCUUAAAAAGAGAUUAUUAACAAAUUAGAAAUGUGAUGUUAUAAUAGUUAGCUUAUUUCUAGAAAGUUGUGCUAAAUUUUUACUGGAAGUGUUUACUAACAUUAAUUUAAGAGAUGAAAUCCUUUUCUUCGACCAAACUGGCUACUUUAUUAAUAUCUGACUUUAAUUUCUAUUUCUAAUAUUAUUAUCUGACAAAAGAUACCAUGCCUCCAAUAUUGAAACGGUCCGUACAAUUUUAUACAAUAACUGCUAUCCGAUGGAAUUCAUCAACAGACAUAUUGAUAGAAGACUCAAAACUAUUAGGUUUCGUAUUGAUCAUGGUAGCAGGACGAAUGACGGAUCUGUUGAUAAUAGUCGUAACUUUAUUGUGAUGCCUUACGUGAAGGGAUUAAGUGAAAAUGUUAAGCGAAUUUUGAACCGUUGCAACGUGGAUUUUGUGUACUCGGUGCCUAAGAGAUUGAAUAAUGUCAUUAAACUUGGCAAAGACGUGGUGGCCAAUAAUCAACAAAUGGGCGUUGUGUAUGAGUUGAGUUGCGUUGAAUACGAAUCGGUCUACAUUGGUCAGACUAAGAGACACCUUGAAACACGAGUUAAGGAGCAUAAAUCGAACAUUUGUAAAAAAGACAGUUGUUUGUCGGUAGUGAGCAAGCAUAGACUUGAAAACGAUCACAAUUUUGACUGGAAUAAUUGUAAAGUUUUGCAUCGAGAGAAUCACAGAAGGAAGCGUGAGAUUGCGGAAAUGUUUUUUAUUAUGCGACAAUGUAAUGCGAUAAAUCUGCAGAAAGAUACAGAUGAUUUACCGCCUGUUUAUGACACGAUUUUGGGAAACAUGUAGUUGUUUUGGUUGGCUGGCAGUCGCCAAUAGACCUUUGUAAUGGUUGAGCGUGUGUUUCUAAGGCUUUAACCUGGUUAUUUUCUGCCAGUGAGUGGUAUUAUUUUAUUGAUUUAUUGCGGUUUGUUUCGUUCUUUGAAUUGUAUCAUUUGUAUCAUUUUUCUAUCAUUUUUGUACAUUUCUUACUUUCGGUUUAUUGAUGUGUAUGACUUAACUUUACUGUAAUUGUGUAAUAUUUUUGUAUGACUUAACUUUAUUGUAAUUGCGUAAUAUUUUUUGUUGCUUUUUCUUUAUUGUAGAAAAUAACUGUGUUUACUUGAGAAGGACCUAAAAUGAAGGUUGAAACGUUGUAACUGAUAUUAAUAAAGUAGCCAGUUCGGUCGAAGAAAAGGAUUUCAUCUCAUUUGUUAUUCUGGCGGAACAAACAAUUUUUACUGGAUUAAUUUAAGAAUUUUAAUGUACUUCAAGAGUGUAGUUAUGUAUAGGGAGAAACAAAAUUAAAACACAUGUAGUACAAAAAAAUUUAUAUUAAUAGUAAAAUCAGAUAGAACUGUUGCAUACAUCUAUGAUGUUAAUAUUUUUUUUCUUUCGUAUCACUCUUUUAUAUAAAAAAUGUCAUUAUAUCAUAUCAAAUGUAGAAAGCGUUUCAAUAAUAUUUUUUCUAUACUAAUUUGAGUACUAUCAUGUAUAAUUUAAUAUGAAAUUUACUUAUCACAAGCUUAUUUUCCACAAAACAUAUCAUUUCUACUUGAUAUUAUAAUAUUUCACAAAAAAUACCUAAGGUGACGUGUAAAAGAUGAAUGUGAAUAUUUUAAUAUUAAAACAUUCCAGUAAUUUGAGGUAUUAUAUUCAUUUAAUUUAUAAAUCUUAUUCCUAAUGUAAAUGGUAUAUUGAUUUUCUUUCCGUAAAUUGUUUACGUUGGAAGACAAACGCACUGUCAGACGCAUGCACAC